GUGUGGGGAGUAGGCGCAGAGAGGACCUGCGGACCAUCAAUCUACGAAGAGUGCUUCGUCGCGGCCGUCACAGAAGUGCCGAGGUUCAACGCCAGGACUCCAAGAUGGUGGUGAUGCUCAACACGUGCUGCGCGAGGUACGAACUACGGAAGGGCUGCAUCAUUAUAGGAGCCUUCUGGCUGGUGAUCUCUCUGGUGGUCGUUGUGGGAGCACCGCUGAUAAUGCGCAAUCUGGAGCAAGACAUGGACGAUGUUUACCAACACUUCAGUGGCUCAUGGAACUCAGAAAAUCAGAAAAUGUAUGACAUCACGCUGUCAGUCCUCAGAGCCACCUUCUACGGGAUCACCGCCAUGGCGGUAGUGGAUGGCAUCUGCUCCACCAUGCUCAUCUUCGGCGCUCGCCAGGACAAGCCCGGCCUGGUGCUGCCGUGGGUGGUGGAGCAGAUGGUGGUGCUGCCCGUGUGGGCCCUGCUGGCGCUGGCCUUCGCCGUCCUCAGCUACAUGGAGGGCCAGCUGCAGAGGUCCACCGUCAGCGUCUUCGUGCUGCUGGUGCGUGCAGGUGUGAGUGUGUACUUCAUCCUGGUGGUGUACAGCCUGUACAGGUACCUGAGGGGUGAGCUGGUGCCCACCAGUUCCAACCGGGCAGUCUGAGGGAAACACCCUACCUAGGUCUCCACGUCUUCACUCAUGUCGUUUCAACAGCGACCGACUGCUGCAAAUGUUUCCAGCUUCUUUGGCCACACAAGAACACACUGCGCUGCAUCAGCCGCGCCGAAGCAUGAACUCGCAACAAAGUCUUCUGCCCAAAGGCGUGGCUACACAAAAGUUGCUUAAGGGAACUACAGCAAGUCAUCUCGUGCAUUCUGAAACCUCUGUGGAUACAUUACAGUUUUAAUGUUCACAACUUUGAUAAAAGGCAUGUAGAGGAGGCUAUCUAUUUGCAAAUCGGAAUUCGGGCAUACAGAUCUUAAUCAGUAGUAUCUGGUACAUAAUAUAAAAAACAGAAAUAUCUAUACCUAUCACAAUAACGUAAGAAAACGUUGGCUACACUAGAGAAGAAACAUGAUAUUACUUACAUACUGCACACAUCAACAUCAAACGACGUGUCUGUCGGGUGUAAAAUAUUUGUGAUCAUUAUCAGUGAAGUUGAUCUAGAAAAUAUAGAGCCCCAUGAAUAUUUAAAACCUAACUAAUCGAUGAGUUGAAAAAUGAAUCAUGCCCACUUUUUUUCCCAAAUUAAGACAAUCAGAGAUAAAUGAUCUUUAUAUCUGUAUGCAUCGUUUGCUACAACAGGGGGUCACGUUCCAGCAACAGAAGUGGUCCUUAGGAAGGUACUGAGUCAGAGAAUGGGCAUUGUCGAUAUAAUAAAGCAUUUAGUGUGGUCUUGUUCCAGUAAAAAUAAAAAACAAACUGGACGAUGUUAAGAAAAUACUGCAAUACAUACCUGAUGAGCAGAAAUUAUUUUAUGAUAGUAACUGCUAGUGGUCAGUGAAGUAUGGACAAGAUAAAGAUGCAGCAUUCCCACUACUGUCUACUUUGCUGUAUUUUGCUUGUGGUUGCGUUUGGGGUAGAUUAUGAAUAAACCUGUAUGCUCAUAAUACAAUCUUGUACUGCGACAAUGUAUAUGAAUAAUAUAAACUUGCACAAUACAAUCUUUCAGCUGCAAACAGAACAGUACAGGUGCAAAAUCUCCAGUACAUUAAAGUUAGAUUACUGGCCACAGUCGAUGGCUAACGUAUGUUGUAAAGGUGUAUAUUGUUUUACCCUGGAGUCAAUUGCUGCAAGGUACCUCAACGACACCGGUUGUGCAGUAAAGUACUUCAUCGUGUCUCGUGAAGAAUUUACUUUCUGGGACAUAUGGCUUUUCCAAUUCGCAGAUUCAAGUUUGACACUGUAGAUAAUCGUUCCAGAGACACCGGUAGGGUCCGUUCUCUCGUGGUAAAAGCAAAGUGUUUCACCUCUGCAGUACACAUUUCAUCACGUGUAUGUGUUUUGAACCUGUGAAGUGGUAAACGGAAUGAUAAUGACCAGCUCUUUAAAAUACACGUGAACACGAUCACCUGACCAUUUCUUCUAUAGUUGUGUGCUAAUUGCAAUGUGAUUUGUAACAGUCACGCUUCCUGAUCGUACAGGACGCUACCAUCACACUGAGAAAUCAAGACAGUGUGUCUCGUAGCAGAGGUGUCACGUCAUCUCUGGUACCAUACCUACUAGGUUCAUCUGUGGCAUCCACUCACUGUGUACAUAGUGAUGCGUGCCGCUGAUCUCCUUGGCUUUCGAUUUGCAGCAGCGAUAUUUACAGCGCUGGCUGCGCGAGUAGAGGAACUGUAAUGUCACGAGGACGGGGUCUUAAGGACAUUCCCUUAGUGCUA